AGAUAGAGAGAGAGACAGAGAGAGAGAGAGAGAGAAAAGUAAAAAUGUCUCGAGGUCGCGAAGUGUGUUUCCUCGCCGCGCCGUGUUUGUCCGUAAGACGGAAACAGAAGAAGAUUUCUCGCCGUACGACUCGCCGACGAUUCGCCGGCCGUUUCCGCGACUCGGUGCUAAAAGUUUAUUCGACGAUACAAAGAAAUCGUCGGCGUUACUCGGAGGCUCGGGGCAGCAGCGACGGCCUCGCUUUCGAGCGGCUUUGUUGCGCCGAAUGAAAGUAAGACGAACGUCGUAAGAGGAUUUAGCUUUAUUGCCUCGGCGUACGGCGGAGUUCGAAGAAAGUGGAAGUUAACGGAGAGUGAGAGUCUUCUCUUCUCCCUCUCCUUGCCGCUCUUGUUCUCUCUCUCUCUCUCUCUCUGUUUCUUUAGUGAGUCGCGAGUUUUCAGCGUCGGCCGAUUACAUCGGGCUCGGUUCCAGGGGCCAGGUACUCGCGCGGACGACUCUGUGAGGCGCAUGCAAGUGAUCGUAUACCUGAGGGAAACCAGGUUAAGGCGAGCUCACUUGAAUGCAUGGCCAACGCGAAACGCAAUUGUGAUCGCACUCAUGAUCAUUCAGAUGUAACCUGAAUUCGACCGCAUUCGGCGAAUCAACGUGAAAAUUGUCCGAAUCUCCAGGGGACUCGUCUCGCUCGUCUCUGUCUCGUCCGAAACGAAAAGUAAAAGGGAGAGGGUCAAUAUGGACACGAGUACGGUACGAUUAGUGAUAUUCUUGGGCAUGUUUCUGGUCUUCGCCGGCGAUUAUAGCGCGCUCAUCACCACGAUUUUCGGUAAAGCGGCGAAUGGGAACGUAACCGAUUCGGCCGAGGAGCCUGCUAAGGCUGGUCUCAAGGGACCUCAGGAUGACGUAUCCGUUCUCUCGAAGAGAGACGCGGAUAAGGAUAACGUUGCCUCACGUCACGCGAGGAUGAUAGCGACGAUCAAGACCGCUUGUCUGCCGAAGUUGAUAUGCGAGCUCUCCUCGUCCGUCCACCAGGACCAGCUGAGUGAAAUGGAGCGAUCCUUGCUAAAUCUCAUAAGGGACACGAGUCUGAGCACGAUGGCGGAGAUGCCGUCGAGGUACCACUUCGCGGCGCAUAUGGGUCAACUGAUCUCCGGUGUGGAGGGUCAGGGCUGCCAUAACUUUUACCCGACGUGUCCGUUGGCCCGCACCAACGUGCUCAACAUGAUGAAGAAGAUUCGCCUGCGCUGAAUGGUCGAGCCGAAAGCUCGACUCGGAAGUCGCGUCCGACGCGGCGGCGAUUUCUGAAACUGUGAUAAUCGCGGAUCGUUCUUUCUUCCCUUCAUCCUCGACCGCGAAGAGACUCGGGAACUCGCGCGAGCUUUUGCUGAAGCGAAAAGGGAAGCGACAAGUAAGACGGAGUACCGAAUAGCGGUGCUCCGCGGAGCGCGGGAUGUUCUUCCGGUCGCGACGAGGAGCUCCAUGAUGCGUGUUGGGAUUCCCGGCUUCGUCGAGACCGAGCAUUGUCGAAAACAGUGUCAAGUCUCAUUUGUUCGAAACAUUCCCAGACCUUGUGAUCGUAAUCAGCGAAUAAUAUCCCAGUCGCGUAAUCAGCGAUCCCCCGUGAAAUUCCCUUCUGCGGUUAGCUCGUUCGUUAAAGAGAUUAAGACAAGGAUAAAAACAUGAAUAAAGAAAGCAGCAGACGCAUGCACAUUUGCUCAAA